AUGCUGGGGAGGACAGCAGUGAUCCAUGCCGACGAGGGCAACAACACCGUGUCCAAGCAAGUCAUCCAGGCGGCGAUCCAUGCCGGCGAGGGUAACAACGCCGUGUCGAAGCUCGCCAUCCAGUCGGUGCCCCAUGCCGACGAGGACAACAACUCCCUGUCCAAGCUUGCAAGGCUAGAGGUGCUCAAUGCGGGCGACGACGACGACGACACCGCCGCAUCCAAGUUCGCCAUCCAAGCGCCGCCCCAUGCCGGUGAGGACAAGCUUGCUAACCCAGCAGCGGUUGGUAAUGAGGGUAAGAGCGAUGUGGUCGGAGGAGAAGGCGGCGAGAGCGCUGCAGCAACUGGUAGCAGUGGUGAUGGUGCCCUGUCCAAAACCAGCAAGAAGUCGACGUCUGAUGAUGGUGGUGGCUCCGAAGACGCCGUCGUCAAGGAUGGCCCCGCAGCUGUCGCCGACGACGGAGGCACACGUGGACGCAAAGGGAAGGGCAAAGGUGCCGCAGCGGCGAAGAAGGACCAGGCAUUGCACAUCUGGACGGAGAAGGAGCGGAGGAAGAAGAUGAAGAACAUGUUCAGCACCCUGCACGCACUUCUCCCCCAGCUCCCCGAAAAGGCUGACAAGUCCACUAUAGUGGGGGAGGCCGUGACCUACAUCAAGAGUCUGGAAGGCACCGUCCAGAGGCUGGAGAAGCUGAAGCAGGAGCGCAUGCUCGCGCAGCAGGCGGCGGUGGGCGCCGGCAGCAGCAGCGGCGCGGCGUCGUCGUCCGCGCCGCCGCCGCCGGCGGCGGCGGCGCAGGCGGUGGCCGCGACGAGGGAGUCGGUCCUGGCGGACAUGGUCCAGCGCUGGAACGCGCAGGAGGCGCUCGUGGCCGAGCUCAAGGCCGCGGCGACGGCGGUGGUGUACGGGGCGGGCACCGCCUCCGACGGCGCGGUGCCCGCGCCCGCGCCGCCGCUCCCGCCGGUGCCCCCGCGCGCGCCGCCGCUCCAGACGUGGUCCGCACGGAACAUUGUGGUGUGCGUGGCGGGCGACAGCGCGUUCAUCAACCUGUGCACCCCGCGGCACCCGGGCAUGCUGACCAGGCUGUUCUACGUGCUGGAGAGGCACCAAAUCCACGUCGUGGCCGCCACCGUCUCGUCCAGCCCGACCGAGAAGAUGUUCUUCAUCCAGGCGCGCAUCAACACGGCGGUGCCGCCGCCGCCCAUGCUCCCGGAGAACAUGACGGUCGAAGAGAGGUACAAGCUGGCGGUGGCGGAGAUGCUGCACGCCGUCGGCGGCAACUGAGAUCAACGCUCGUGCUCGCCAAACAAAUCGCUCGGCUUUCUCCCCCUGGAGCUGAUCGAUGAACUGCUGCUGCCGACUGCCGUCGCUUCUACCGAUGAGGAAUUCCGAUGAGAAGGAACUACUCAUCAUUACUUUUCGUGUGUCAAGUCUGGUCGUCGUCGAACUAUUUCAUAUUUCGCAAGAGUCUGGUUGGUAUUGUACCGUAUAGUAUUCUCUGUCUGCGGUUAAACUUGUUGUGAACCCUGUUUGGUUUUACCGGUCGUCAAUGGAGUUUGCAAAGACAUGCUGCUUGAUUGAAUAAUUUCAGUUGGUUUUA